AGAUCCAGGGAGCUGGUGGGAGGCAGAAGCUCAGCUGAGAGCGGAGCAGUACAUAAGGAGCUCAUGAGCUCUGGCUCAGCAAUGUGCGAGGCACUCACGCACUGAGAAGGGAGUGCCUGCCAGGUUGUACUUGACUUUUCCUCGGGAAGAGCACGGCUGCUGGAGUCUGGCAUCAGGAGAGAAGACGGCUCAAACGCUCUAGCUCACCCUACGCGCCUUCUUGCAAAGGAGCUUCAGAACUUGGAGAUUUCAUACAAUUGAAGACAAAAUGAAGGCUUUCUGGACUUUCCUGGUGGUCUUGCUGCUGGCACAUGAGACAGCCACUGCUCAUAUGUCUCGAACACGGAGAGAGCUGGCCCCGGGAUUACAUGAACGGGGGAUUCGAGAUGCAGGGGGCUCGUACUGCGAACGCCAGGAUGCCUGCUGCCCAGGGAGGAACGAUGCUUGCACAGUGCCUUACCUUGAUACCAUUUGCUACUGUGACCUGUUCUGCAACCGCACCAUCUCAGACUGCUGUCCUGAUUUUUGGGAGUACUGCUUGGGCAUUGAACCCCCAUUUGUUGUCCACAAGGGCUGCAUCCGCAGUGGGCACAGAUUUCCAACAGGUGCAACCUAUAGAGAUAACUGCAACCUCUGCACUUGCAGUGGGAAUGGGCAAUGGGUCUGUGAAAACCACGCCUGCCUCAUGAAUGGGGAACUGAUUGAUGCUGUCAACAGAGGGAAUUAUGGCUGGAGAGCAUCAAACUACAGCCAGUUCUGGGGCAUGACUCUGGAAGAAGGGAUCCAGCACCGACUAGGCACCGUCAAGCCUCCCACUUCCGUCAUGAAUAUGAAUGAGCUGCAUAUGAGCAUGGAUGCCAAUGAGGCCCUUCCGCUUCGUUUCAACGCUGCUGAGAAAUGGUCUGGAAUGAUCCACGAGCCCCUGGAUCAGGGCAACUGUGCCGGCUCCUGGGCCUUUUCCACUGCAGCGGUGGCCUCAGAUCGAAUCUCCAUCCACUCCAUGGGGCACAUGACACCUGCCCUAUCCCCCCAGAACCUCCUUUCCUGUAACACCCGCCACCAGCAAGGUUGCAAUGGGGGCCGGAUUGAUGGGGCUUGGUGGUUCCUGCGCAGGAGAGGGGUGGUGACAGAUGAAUGCUAUCCUUUCAACAACCAGGACAAAGAGAGCUCUUCAGCACCCCCUCCUUGCAUGAUGCACAGCCGAGGCACAGGCCGAGGGAAGAGACAAGCCACAGCACGAUGCCCAAACCCCUGGGUACACUCAAAUGACAUCUACCAGUCCACCCCUGCAUAUCGACUCUCCUCGAACGAGAAGGAAAUCAUGAAAGAGCUCAUGGAAAAUGGACCUGUGCAAGCCAUCAUGGAGGUGCAUGAAGACUUUUUCAUGUACAGGAGUGGAGUUUAUCGGCAUACACCUGUAGCAGCUGGGAAGUUAGAGCAGUACCGACGGCAUGGCACCCAUUCUGUCAAAAUCACAGGGUGGGGAGAAGAACGAACACCUGAUGGGCAAAACCAGAAAUACUGGAUUGCUGCUAAUUCCUGGGGAAAGCACUGGGGCGAACAUGGUUACUUCCGCAUUGCCCGUGGCACAAACGAGUGUGAGAUAGAGGCCUUUGUAGUGGGUGUCUGGGGCCGUGUUGGAAUGGAGGACAUGCACCACAAAAAGUGAAAAGGGACCCACCCUGUGUUAGCUCACCAGCACAGAUUUCUUUCCUUCUGUAACCCCUGCCCACCACCUUCUCCCUAAAGUCUUGAGAUCCGCCACACAGCUGAUUCUCACCUUCAUGUCUGUCUCCAAAGCAAAUCAGCACAAUCUGAUUUCUACACAGGACUUUGUGAGGCCUAGAACUGCCUUUGAGGCCUUGGACUUGUCAGGGACUUCAGCUGGAUGCUCCUUGAGAACUCAAAAAGCUGUAACUGAGGGUAUUCCUGGAAACCUUGGAAAGGAUCAAGAAAGGUCCUCAUAUCUGACCCCUCAUCCCAGAGCAGGAACUAACAGAUCAGGAGUGAACCAGGAAUGCCAUGGACAAAAUGGCUUGAAGACUGGGUAAGUGCAAGAUGCCUCAAGCAGCCAGGCCAAGUCAAACUCCAUGCUUCAAGGAAGGGGAACUCAGCCUCUCUCAUUCCUGUGGUUUCCAGAACUUUCUUCCAUACCUCACCAGUUCUUUGCAGGAGACAUUUUGGAACUACAGCAUCCUCAAACCUGGCCUUUCACCAUGGCUGCCUCUUUUAUGGAGACCUUUCCCUGGCAAUGAAACCAGAGUCGGCAGCUUCUCACAACAAACCUUUCUGACCUCAAGUAGGGUGGGCUAGCCUACUAGCUGCCCUCCCUCACACAUGUACACAAGCCAGUCCCUAUGGAGACCACAGGAGACCUAGCAGGCCUCAAAGCUGCCUAGCAUAAAUUUUCACUCUCUGA